AUGUCCCUCCCUGCUAUAGUUGAUGAUGCGCAAACAGGCGCUAUCAUUUACUCAGGAAAUCAAUGGUCGUACCAAAACCACAACUCAAACUAUAACCGCACUAUCACCACAUGCCAGGGGCGUACAUCGUCCCCGCCGUCUUUGGCCUUUACCUUCGACGGGACUGGUGUUGCUUUGUACGGAGGCCCGAUAUCGAACAGUGCCGCGUUUACCUACAGUGUUGAUAAUGGAACGGCUUUACAAGCCAUCAUAAAUUCCAACGCCAUUGGCAAGGCUGGUGCCAAUUUCUGGAGUGUACAAGGCUUGACCUCAGGACAACAUACGUUGCAAGUUACACCAACAGCCGGCCAAUUUAGCCUAGAUUACCUCACAUACAUCCCCGGUUCAUCCACCUCCACUUUGUCAAGCAAUUUAAUUCUUGAUGAUGCAGACAAAUCCGUGCAAUUCUCGGGUAAUUGGACCAAAUCGGCUCCCUCAAUGCAAAAUGGCGUCCCCUAUCAAGGGACAGUAACGGGGAGCUCCACGGUGGGAGACACAAUGAAAGUUCAGUUCGUCGGGUCCUCUGUGACAGUUUAUGGACUACUACAGCAGGUAUCCGGCAAACUUUCUGCUACAUUUUCUGUGGACGGUGGGCAGACAAGCACGUAUGCGCCCUUUGGUCAAGACGGGAAUGACGAUGACGAUGACGACAAUCCAUGGCUGUUUUCUCAACAACUUUAUCAGCAAAAUCUGUCACCGGGGACACAUACUUUGCUUGUUACGGUUACACAAACUAGUGGUUCACAGGCCCUUUGGAUCGACUCUAUGGUUUUUGGAUCCAGCCCCAGCAACGUAGUGGUUACACAACCUAACAACAGCGGCAAUGGAGGGAAUGGUGAUGGUGGCGGUAAUGGUGGAGGCACCAGCAGCGGGGACAACGGCGGAGGUAUUGGAGUCAAUCGUAAUCUCUCUAAAUCAAAUUCAUCUGGGGGAAUGAUUGCUGGAAUUGUGGUUGGACUAGUUGCGCUGUGCGUAGCUCUCCUGGCCUUAUACAGGAGAUCUCGAAAACGGCCAUUCUUGCCAUUUUACAAAGAACAUGGCCAGGACUCCCUACCGAUGCAAGAACCGCCGGAUGAAAUACGAGAUUGGGAAAAUAACUUUACGCCUAUACCGCCUUCUCAGGCGCUUGCCUCGAUUGGGUCUCAAACUCAUCAAUAUCAAUUCACCCCACCUCCUCCAGAAAAAGAACCCAUGCCUGUGGCUGGUCCUUCUUCGCUCCCCGCAUAUCCACCAGCUGCGCGUCAGAGUAAGGGAUGGUAUGAGCUUGAUAAAUCCCCAAAAGAGAAGGAAGUUUCUGCAGAACAGCAAGACGGGUCCGAUGGGAAUGCAACGCUGUACUCCGAUGAUCCUCGUAGGUCGAUAAAGCUUUCGUCGCCAAUGAGCAUUACUUCCGACGUCGAAGGCCCGGAAUCGCGACAGUCACAUAUACAUGGCUCUGAGCGAAUAUCCAGAUCGGUGGAAAGAGGUUCUACGCUUGUAAACCUUACUUUUCAGUCGACUUCUGGAACGCGAUCUUGUAUUCCCCAGGAGACCCACCCAAUGCUCAGUCACCGUAACGACGAACCACCUCCAUAUAAUCCGUAUAACGAUUUCCAAUAA